GCACCAGACAGGACCCGGUGGCAUGGGACCAGACACAGAUUGAUGGCGUGGGACCGGACAAGACCCUAGGACCGAACGGCAUGGGAUGGAACCAGACAAUGGUGGAUGAGACUGGACAGAACUGAUUGGGACCUGAUGGGUGUGAGAUAACUAAAGGCACCAGAGGAAAUAUUGUGUUCAGAAUGGCUGGCAUAAUAGACUUCUACUCUCAUCUGACAGGGAAGGAGUGGGCGGCGCUGUUGCCGUUCGGGCUCGUGUGCGGCGGUGUCGCUGUCACGCUGUACACCAAGUUCUGCCCUCUGGCCAAGCAUUGUGUCAACAUGUGCCAGAAGAAGGACUGUGACAAGGUCGUGGACUCGGUGGACAUGGAGGACAUCGGCGACAAGGCGUGCUUCUGCAGAUGCUGGAAAAGCAAGAAGUUCCCGUACUGCGACGGCAGCCACAACAAGCACAACGCCACCACCGGCGACAACGUCGGCCCGCUGAUCGUCAAGAAGAAGAAUGCUUAGGUGGAAGUGCUGGUGCUCUAAGAGUUGUAUAGAUGGUAGCACUGUUGCCCCUUUGCUAGUGGUUUUUGUAGUUGGUGAUGGUAUCCGCUUGGUGUGCGGUCAAAAAAGGUUUGCGGUCUGGAAGUAUUCCAUUGGAAGAGUGUUGAGGUUCGGCUUUUAACUUGGAAUUUUGUGUUAUGUCAUGUAAUAUUUAAUGGUGAAUAUUUGGUUUUCGAUCAAACUAUUUGUAUCAUGAAUGCUUGGCUUCCGCAUGGAACGCAGAAGAACACGUGUAUACUGUGUUUGCUUUUAGUUGGAGAUCUCAGGAACGAGCUUUGGGUGCAGAAUGAAAAGGAAUGUAACCGACUAAA